ACUUUAGUUUCAAAUUCCGUAGGGACAAGUUAUCUCGGUGCGAAAAUAAAAACGGACCGAUGAAAUUAUUUAUUUUAACGGUUUUUUGUAAUCUACUUUCUUUGGGUUCCCUACAAGAAACGUAUAAGGAACAUGAUUAUCAUUUAAGUCCAUCAGAAGUUGGUAAAAGUUCAGGAAGCGAAUGGCCAGUACAAACAUACAACACCUUUGGGGGAAGCGUUUACGAUCGAAUAGCAAGAGCUUCUGUACCAAAAAAACCUUGUACCAGACGAAGUAAUUCUGGAGAUGAUCCUAUCAGUUCCCCAUUACCACCGAAGGAAACAGAAUUAAACACUGUUAUCGUGGCUUCAACGCCAAAACCUCAACCUAAAAGUUUAAGAAACAGAGCAAAUAAUUUAAAUGCAGCCGAUUCUUAUUCUAAACCGAAGCUUCCUGAUGACAGUAUACAUAAAAGUAGAAAUUCUAUAACAAUAACCAACCCUGUAAUAGACUCAUUUGAAGAAAAUCAUCGACAAAUAUUAACAAAAGAUGAUGAGGAUGAUACAACUGAACCACUGCCAGUCCCGUUAUUACACCCUAUGCCAGUCACGGCCCCUUUACCAAAUCCAACACGAAGAAAUCUAAAUCAAUCUCCUAAUAACAAAAGUUACCCACCAAAACUAGUUAGUCCUAUUCACAACGUACCGAAUACUGAAAAUGAAAAUCAAUUAAUUUCGACGUUAAACAGCGCAACAGUACCAAGAACUGAAUAUAAUCCACCACUAACUAGUGAUUCUAAUCCUCUGAAAACAUACAAUUCAUUACCAGAAUUUGUUGCUAAGUCAGAACCAGAAGCAGCUUUAACAGUAUCAAAUAAAUGUGAUCAAGACAAAGAAGUCGAGGACAUAGGAAACACAAGACGAUCUAUGUCAAACCACGAUGAUGGAGAAAAAUUCCCCAACAAGGAAACUCACGCCCAAUACAGAGAACCCAACACUGAUAACGAAAACGCAAUGGCGUCUGUUCUGAAUGCAGAAAAGAGUUCAAAGAGUGAUGAUCCAGUUCUUCUGGAUAAAACAAAGCUGUUGCGUGAGAGGACAGAAUCUCAUGUUAGGCGACCGCAGUACAGUGAAAGGCGAAAUGAAAUUAUGGAACCUACGAAGGGAGAUGGAGUUGUAAAUAUGGGACAAUCGUCGCUAAUGAUGAUGCAGACGGAUCGAAUAUGUUACGCUUGUAGUACCGCUAACAAUCCUUCCUGUACGGCUCCUGACAGACGGACCACAGUAAAGUAUUGUCGAAAAGAAAACAACGCUUGUAUUACCAAAACUUUUGGAAAAGGAAACACAUUCACCCUGAUCCGUGACUGUGGCAAAACAUGCGAUGACGCUGAUGCGAGCUUGCUGAUGCCACGGUACAAGACAUGUUCCAUAUGCCACUCCGAUCUGUGUAACGGCGCCUACUCGAUCAAUGGACAUAGCAUACUAUUUGCAUUUAUCUUAACAGCGUUAGUGAAAUAUUUAAAUUAGUCGUGCAAACCAACCUAGUGUUUGAUUUUGAUACCACUUUUAGAAGUUUAUCAGAAAUGAUGGCAUAAUCGAUUAGUUUUCUACAUGGUCCUUUAAAGUAUUUGUGAUACCCCCUAGUGUUAUAAAUGUACUUAAGAUAUAGUGUCCGUUUACCAACAGGCGGGUUUUAAGCACUGUUUCUACUGAUAGUAAGGUAGUAUUAAGAGAAUCAUAUUGCAGGUUUAUUUUACUAUUUGAUCGAUGCAAAUGGUAGAAAAGACUGGCUUUAUUCACGUUUCAAGUUCCUAUUUCCUCAGUACAAUACAGCAAUGGCUCCGUUACGGAUGCGCAGAGAUUCCUCCACUUUGUAGUUUCAUUCGUUUUGUAUUCUAUAAAGCUAGCGUUUGUUUGUUUAAUUACAUUGUUUCUACUCAAGGAGUAUUCCGACAAACAUUAACUGUGUUUAGGUUGUGUGUGUAUUUGAUUAAAAUAUGUGCGAAACAAAUACUUUGGCUAAUUUUUCUUUCAAUGUGUGUCGUAAAAAUUCAAGUGUAAUCUACUUUAU